CUGCGGGGCGGGGCUGGAGACGGCGGGGUCGCGCUUCCCUCGCUGCGCAGCUUGGACGGAGGACCUCGGACGGGGCGCUGGGCUGGGCUGGGAGCCGCGGGGCGGCGAGGCGUCGCUUCCCUCGGAGCAGCCCGGCCCCCGCCCGCUGACCCCCGAUGCAGGAAGCGGAAGACCCCCGCCCGGCGCCCGCUCCUCCAUCCGGGCUCGCGCCGCGCCCUUCCCCGGCGGACGGCAGCUCCUCGCCGCCGCCUCCUCCUCCUCCUCCUCCUCGCUCUCGGCUGGCUGCGCGGCGGCGGCGGCGGCGGCGGCGGCUCUCCGGUUCAGAUUUUGGUUGAGGACUUGCAAGAAGUAUAUUGAAAAGUUGCGGCCACAGAGAGCAGCGCAAGGAAGUGCCACCCUGCAGCUCCAUGUCUGGCAGAUGCCACACGAGGGAAGAUGCUGCUGCACUGACUGGGCAUUACCUGUGCCACCCAGGGGUGGGCGCCGCGGGCCAAGGGUGCAGGGAGAGCCUGGCCCAGUCAGGAGACCUCACUCUGUGGCAGCGCUGCAGAUGCGCUGCCCCCUCGUCAGCCCUGGGAAGCAGAGGGCUGCCUCGGAGGCGAGGCGCACCCAUGGGGAGGGGCAGCAGCUCUCCACGCCCCAGCUGGGGGCCUCAAGGAGGCGGCUUCUUAAGCCCAAGGAUGUCGGUGACGUGGCUCUGAUAGCGGUUGCUCCCCCUCCCUCCGUGCGAGACCCAGUAUCCUGAAGCUAGGAAGAAGAGGCCGAGGCCUCCAGUCCCCACCCCCCACCCCGGAGUCACAACAGUUUCCCAAAGAAAAGGGUCUUCUCCAGAAACAGAUAUUUUCAAAACAGGUUUUAUAAGAACUCAAAACAGCAAGGAGGCCCUGUGAGUUUUCCUUCUGCAGUUCAAGGUCUGGUUCCCGAAGGCGGAGGAUUUCGUAUGCUUCAGUGCAGGAAGACCAUCUCUGGUCUGGCCAUCGCUUGCUGUGGGACCUUCAUGACUCAGAAAGGGUAGUCCAGUCAAGUCCAACUCUUGGCCGGCCCUGCUCCUCCCUCCGCUUUUCCAUUGGCUGCAGCUGAGCGGAGGGGGCCUUCUCCUUGGAGCCCGCCAUGAAGUUUUCCUUGCGCUUCUGGUUCCUCUCUACAGCGUUCCUGCUUGUCUUCAUCAUGUCGCUGCUCUUCACCUAUUCGCACCACAGCAUGGCCUAUCUGGACCUCAGUGGGCUGAACGGGCUCCACCGGGUGAAGCUGGUGCCCAGUUAUGCCGGCAUGCAGCGCUUGAGCAAGGAGGGCCUCUUGGUGAAGAGCUGUGCCUGCCACCGGUGUGCCAUGGAGUCCGGCGACACCACCUGGUUCGACAGCCGCUUUGAUGGCAACAUCUCCCCGGUGUGGACCAAAGAGAAUGUGGACUUGCCGCCGGACGUCCAGAGGUGGUGGAUGAUGUUGCAGCCCCAGUUCAAGUCCCACAACCUUCAUGAAGUGUUGGGCAAGCUCUUCCAGAUUGUUCCAGGAGAGGAUCCAUACAGGUGCCGGGAGUCCCUGUCCUGCCGGCGCUGUGCUGUCGUGGGCAACUCAGGGAACUUGCGAGGCUCCGGCUAUGGCCAAGAUAUCAAUGGGCACGACUUCAUCAUGAGAAUGAACCAGGCACCUACAGUGGGCUUUGAGGCAGAUGUUGGGAGCAGGACAACCCACCAUUUCAUGUAUCCCGAGAGUGCCAAGAACUUGCCUGCCAAUGUCAGCUUUGUCCUGGUGCCCUUCAAAGCCUUGGACCUGCUGUGGAUCGCCAGCGCCCUCUCAACAGGCCAGAUCCGAUUCACUUACGCACCAGUGAAGCCGUUCCUCCGGGUAGACAAAGAGAGGGUUCAGAUCUACAAUCCAGCAUUCUUCAAAUAUAUCCAUGACCGGUGGACAGAGCAUCAUGGCCGCUAUCCCUCCACAGGCAUGCUGGUGCUGUUUUUCGCCCUGCAUGUUUGCGAUGAGGUCAACGUCUUUGGCUUCGGGGCAGAUGGCCACGGCAACUGGCACCACUACUGGGAGAACAACCGCUAUGCUGGAGAGUUCCGGAAAACCGGAGUGCACGAUGCAGACUUUGAGGCCCACAUUGUGGACAUCCUGGAGAAAACUAACAAGAUCAGUGUUUAUCGUGGCCACUGAGGUUUCCAGCUGCUGCCGGGCAGCCUGACUGUCGGUGGCUGCGUGAGGAGGGACGGUUCUCCUGCACCUGAUGCACCAUUUGGAAAAGGAAAUGAGGAGCACAGGGAGGGGAGGACGCCAAAGCCGAGGAGGUUCCAGUGAAGCAGAUUCAGGCAGAGAGCAGCUCGAGUCCUCCUCCUUCCUUAGAACAAACCAAUGAGAUGCAGGAGCCUCUGCAGCAGCCGAGCAAUGGAGGGAAAGAGGAGCCGUGGGGGCUGUCCAGGCUCCUCCUCCUCCUCCUCCUCUUGCUUCUGCCCAAGUCUGGCUCUAUGGCUGAGACCCCCUUUUGCCUCCACCAAGCCCCACGAUGGGCACAUUGAGACUCUUUUUUAAAACUUAAGAUUUUCUUCAGUAAAUGAGAGGAGCUUCCUGCCUUUGCCCCAGGAAGUUGUUUUUCUUCUUUUUUUCUGUCCAAUUAGGUGCCAGGCUGGAUUGCAUUUUUGUCCCAGACACGUAAACUCAUGGAGUAACCUUGGAGGAGAAGCCAGGAAGAGCCUGGAGAUUGUGAACAUUGACCUCUAGCUCAGGGCGUGGUGUGCUUGCAACGAGGGCAGAUGCUCUUGUUCCCGAAACAUCCAAGAGGUCCUGCUGAAGCACUCAGAUUCUGUAGGCUGUGACUCAGACUCUUCAUUUCUGUCCUGCCCUCCAAUACGGCAAGAUCUCAUCCCUUUGCCCGUAGGUUCCUGGCCACCCAGACCUCCUUCCUCCCUCUCUCCGCUCAACCUAUUUUCAGUCAUGUGUUCUGCUCAUGGCAGGAAUGCAAGGAAGGGCUGCCCUUCACGUCUUUAGGGGGAGAGGGCUCCGCCUCUGGGUUGCAACCUUUCUCCAGGGGAAGGAGGGGUGGUUGACAAAUGGGUCACAUGGAGUCAGAAUCCUGAUGCCUUCCAGGAUGUAAUCCACAAGCGAUUAACAUUUUCUAGGCCACUUUCUGCAAAAGGAGCCGUCGGAGCUAGCAGUUUUAGGCCUGCAUUUACCUUGCUAGCGGGGGGUGGGGGUGGGCGCUUCAGGAUGCUGUAUUCCUGCCUGCUCUCCUUCAAGCAAGAGAGCAAGAGAAGUGGCUCCUGAGUCAGCCCGGCUGCCUUCUCUUGCUCUGGGUGCAGGCAGCUUUCCAGCUGCUUUGGCGAUUAAGGUCUUGAAGACAAAUGGUAAAAGCAAGUUGCCCAUAAGCGGUUUUCUUCAAAAGGACAAUCCCAGCAAAUGGUAUUAAAUCAGUGUUUUCUUUCUUGAAAUAAUCGAAUUCUACAGCAUGACGGAGCUGUGGCAAUGGUGGCUUUUUGUUACAAGCAUAACUAACAAUAUUUCCCCAAGGUGUUUUUGGAGCACUAAAACAUAUGAAAUGGCAGCAAUCAGGGAUCUAUAAACCAGUCCUGGCCUUGGCGGGUCAAUAGCUUCUGGCUGACACCAGGGCAGCUUUCUAUGGUCAUAUCGAAGUGGAGGGUACCCUCCCCAAUGGUGCUGGGUCGCCCUUGUGCUUCUGGGACAGCAUCAGAUCUGACUGUCACCCCUCCCCUCCACACCUACUGCAACUGGAUUGCAGUUUCCCUUUGGUGUGCCUUGCGAUGCCCCUCAGAACUCUCUAGCCUGAUGCUUUGAGCUGCAGAUACCUGCAGCCAAGGAGCUCGUGGGUCCAAGAGUGCCCAGGAUCCCUGGACCUUCUCUCAAUCUUUGUUUCUCCACAAAAGAGGUUGGGGAAAGGUCAGCUGAUUGCGGGACCAGCAGAUAAUCACCAGUGUCAUCAGGACUGACCUGGAGUGAUGGCCUACAAGAGUUGCUUUGCUUUGAUUCUACAAACAAGAAUUGUGUGACCUUCAGCUCUUUCCCACUUGAUCCCUGUAACUGAGGUACCAGCUGGAAGCAUGGGCAUGGGGCUCCCUGGGCUUUGGGGCCCCAGGGCUGGGAGCUGCAGCCUUCUGCUGACUUCUUCCCACAUCAAUUGCAAUUGCAAUGCCUCCAGUUCACUAGGGUACUUUUCUAGGGGGUUUCCUUAGUGAACCGUUGAUAGCCCUUCACACAUCUUUAUCCCACUGCCCCUGGAUGGCAUGGCAUGGGCUGAUGAGACACUGGCUAAUCCCAGGAGCUUUUGCAGCUGGCAGAAUGGCUGCCAUGAUUUCUUGGACUGGGCCCGCACCCGUUGUCAGAGUGAGGGGGAGACGCUCUGAAGUAGGGAGAUGAUCUAGUCCCUGAUAGUCCCGCCUGGGCUUCUUCCUGUCCCAGGACAGUCCUGGCCAAAUCAGUUGGUGCUUCAGCUCCAGAGGUUGGGAGCGGUCAUUGCCCAAUUUUUGCAAAUCUUACAGGCUCUGGAAGUCCUACAGCCAAAGGGUUUGUUUUCCUUCCUACCUAGGAAGCUGCCUACGCUUCAAACCAGUGAUGCCGCCCUUCGUUUUGUUGUUUUUUAAUUUCACAGGCUACAGUUUGGAAGAACUGGAUUUGUUUUGUGUUCUGCUACACAAAAUAAAAGCUGUACCUUUUCCUUCUGGGGGCUCCUGGUAUUUAUGCUGCACAUGUCUUGGACCCUUUUACAGGUGCAGGAGAUGCUCAGGAGAAAGCGGAGGCUCCAGCCAAACUGCUGCCACUGACUCAAAUUCACUGGCUCCAAGCACAGAUCCCAGUCUAACCAGUGCAAAGUAAGACGGAACAACUCCCGUCCAUAACCUCGACGUUAUUUCUGUUAACGCAUCCCAAGAUGGAGAGGAGUGGCUGGCUGGCUGACGAGCUAACCCACAUGUACGCCGGGUUGCUUCUCUUAUGCGCUCCAACGCCAUGAGUCCCCAUGCCCGCUGGGAUUCACCACAUGGGUGGCGCACCUGGACAAGACCUCCUCCAGAACCUUCCAAAGCUUACAGCCUCGCUGACAGGAAGCUUCCUGGCCAUACCUGUCUUGUUGGUAGCCUCUCCGGCUCAAAACAUCUAGUCUAAACUUGCUCCAUCAGACGUGGGAAAAGGAGAUUUGGGACAAUUGCCUUGUUUCCUCCUCCAGACUGUUCCCAUAUUCAUAGGUAGUUCAAAGACAUCUUCCCCUUUGGCUCCUCACAGAGAUCAGUCGGUCACAUUCUCUUUCCAAAGGGCACCUCCAGUUCCAAUCUAUUGUAGGUCUGCUUUUCUGUGGUGAAUGGCUGAUUGACUUGCUAUUAAGAUUUUCACCAUCCCCAGUCAGCAGAGCCACAAGCCUUGAAUACAGGAGGGCGGAGCAUUCCGAGACUGGCCGCCUGCUCCAUGUCCUUGUUGAAGUUUGUCAUGUAAUCCAGCUGUGGAUCAAGCAGGAGAUGGACACCUUUUGUAGGCCUCACUUUCCCUUCUUCCUCUCCCCUCCCUUCAGGGCAGUUCUUCAACUCUGAUCUCACAUCUGUUCCAGCCGAGCACGGUCUCUCCCAAAGACCACCAUCUUUCCCUUAGAUCAUGGGUGUCAUGCCGUCACGUGACGCUUUUCCCCUUCGUGGAGCUGGGGUGGGCAUGGCUUGCGUGUGACGCAUCUGGCCAGUGGGCCGCCAAGUUUGACACCCCCGCCUUAGAUGUCCUGCAUCUGCUGAGCCUCGGAUUUUGUCCACUGCACUUGAAACAUGGCACCCACCAUGUUCGUUCCAUAGUGGAUGAGCGGUGAUCUCCCUUAACCUGACAAUAAUGCUUUUUUUAAAAAAAACUUUUUAGUAAAUUGUAAUAAAGCACGUGCAUGCAUACACACACAGACAAACACAAAAAGCAGCACAAAACCCAGGAUCCACAUUAACAUUCCUAUAAUUGUAUAGCAGAAGGCACCCACAAUUCCCCUGCUUGAUAUAAACUACUAAGUCAAAAGGGCUGAGCUUUAACCAGCCCUGAAUGAGCAAGAGAAGAUGGGGUUGCUGCUGUGGGAGCACUGAUGAUAUUUGGAAAGCAUCUGCCAGAGUCCUGUUUUUAUUUUCAGUAUUAGCUUACACUGAGUAUUUGACCAAUUUUUGGAGCAUGGAUUGAAGUUGCAGUUGGGCCAAAUGAAUAGUUUACAACUUGAUCCACCAAAACAGAGAGAUUGAAAAAAAAAUUCAGUCUGGCUAAAACUAUUCCAGUGCAUAAAAGAGAAGAAAUUACAACCUUUUCUUUUAGGGUUUAAAAAUAACUUGGAGGAUCAGAGAUCCUUGAUAGGUGAAGAAAAAUGGCAAAUCCAAUCAAAACAUCUGACUAUGCAACCAACAUAGCAAUUCGUCAUGCAUUUACAUUCCUGUAGCGAUAUUGAUGGAUGCCCUGCAGAAAUGGAGGCAGAGGUUUACUGCAGGUCAAAUAAACUGUCGAAGAUGAAAGGCAGGCAUUGGCUGAUUUCAUAAAAGACAGCCAAGGAUAAUAGGCAUUCAAGUUUAAACUUGGAACUUGAGGAAUGUGCAGGAAACAAAACCUGAACAUUGAAAUAAGGUAAUAAAAACAUGAACAGAAUGCUGGCAAGGAAAAGCCAUUACAGUACAUGGUCAAUUUCUACAAAUGGUGAAGGAGAAAAUGGAUGCAACCUGGCAACGAUUUAAAAGUGGAACAUUAAAAAAAGGAAUCUGAAAACUUGAUUUUGGCUGCUCAAGAGUAAGCCAUUUGAACUAAUGCAAUCAAAGCCAGAAUUGAAAAAAAAUGUCAUUUCAAAGUGCAAAUUGUAGAGAGGCAGAAGAAACAAGUAGAUCAUAUAUUAAACCUGUGUAAGAAGAUUGCACAGAUAGAAAAGUGGAAACAUAAAAAUUGGAAAGUCAAAAGCGAGGUUAAAAUAUUGUGCAAUUUCUGAAUACAGGCUGAUAAAAGUCUUGACUCAACACACCAGACAACUGUGCUUGAAAAGAAGACUGUGGAUAAUGGACAUGGCUAUAUCAGGAUAGGAGAAUAGGAGAAAAAUAAUUGGAGAAGAUUAGGAAGUAUCAAGAUCUGAAAAUCCAAAUUGAAAGAUUACGGCAUAAACCGGCCAUGGUGGUCUCAACAACCCUUGGUGGCAAAGUGGUUAGAAUGCAGUAUUGCAAGUUAACUGACUCAGCCUUCCAUCCUUCCAAGUUCAGUAAAAUGAGAGCCCAGAUUGUUGGGGGCAACGUGCUGACUUUGUAAACUGCUUAGAGAGGGCUGGAAAGCACUGUGAAGUAGUGUAUAAGUCUAAGUGCUAUCGCUAUCGCUCUUCCUUUUCCCCCUUCCUUCUUUCCCUCCAUCCAUGCGUGCAUCCAUAUUAUGCAGUGCUUAGAAUGCAGUAUUGCAGGCUAACCUGCUGCUCACUCCAGGAGUUUCUGAGCAGCUGAAGGUCGACUCAGCCUUCCAUCCUUCUGAGAUGGGUAAACUGAAGACCCAGAUUGUUGGGGGCAAUAUGCAGACUCUGUAAACUGCUUAGAAAGGGCUGUAAAGCACUCUUGAGUCUAAGUUCUAUUCUAUUUGCACACUGGGUGCCCUACCAAAGUCUUGCAGCUGCCACUUGCAAAGGCCACAUGCCUGUGCUACACCAAGACCUCAUUUGGUUUUGGGGAAGAACUUGAUGUGUAUGAUGUGCCUUCACAUUAUGAUGAACAGAUAAUAACAAUUUAAGUGAGAUGGAUGGCAAACAAAUUUAAUAAACAAACAAACUAACAAGUGCCAAUGUGCAGGCUUCCCAUUCCAUGAUCUAGGCGUGUUACCUAGAAUUUUAAUGUUCAUUAUUAGUUUUUUAAAGGGUGACAUUAUCACUUUUAACAUGGCAACUCUGGCCACAUUUUUAGCUUUAGAAAACAUGGGGUUGUUUUUUUUUUCUUCUUGGCCAAGGCCAUUUCUUUUGGUAUGCAGGAACUUGCCAUUUCAGCACUAAACAAGAGAGAGUGUAUUCUGAAAGUCCCUGAAUGCACUUAUACUUUUUAAGAAAGAUACAAACCCUUUUGGGAAGAGUAGUGCAACCCCUAAACUUGCCAACUUCUGCAAUAUUAUCUAGAAUCCAUAUUUUGUAUUGUUUAAUUCGAACGUGUGAUCAAUGCCUCUUACGGUUUCAUCAGCUACACGCAUCAAAUCUAUCAUUUAUUUCUGUACCCUAUAAAAAAAAAAACCCUCGACCUCC